UGACAGCUGUGCUGUGGACUCCAAAAUCCGGCUCCGCGUUCGUGCUUGACAGUUGUUUCUAGCUUCGCGGCGCCGAUACACUUUUUGUUCAGCAUUUUGUAUCAAUAAAAUACGUUUAUUCGUAAUUAAUUCGUCAGGGAAUUAAAAGCCACUCACAGUCAUGGCAAUGGAGAGGAUAGACAUUACCCAGCCUCUCUGGGAUCAGAGCACAUUUGUGGGCCGGUUCAAGCACUUCGCCUUCAUUUCCAACCCUCUGCUAUCUCUCGCUUCAGAAAGUGAGCUGCAUGCUGCUAAGGACCUUUAUUUGAAGUACAAAGCAGGCCAAGAGCCAGCAGGCACAAAGUACGAGCAACUAGUGCGAGCGAAGCAACUCUACGAGUCGGCCUUUCAUCCCGACAGCGGGGAGUUGCAGAAUGUGUUCGGCAGAAUGUCAUUCCAGAUGCCCGGAGGAUGUCUUAUUACGGGAGCUAUGUUGCAGUGGUAUAGAACACCAGUAGCAGUAGUAUUCUGGCAAUGGGUGAACCAAUCCUUCAACGCUCUCGUGAACUACACGAACCGUAACGCGAACUCCCCUCUCACCACCACACAGAUGGGCAUCGCUUAUGUAUCGGCUACAUCAGCCGCCAUGACUACGGCGCUAAUCUUCAAGUUUAGCGUUCAGAAGAGAGCGAAGAACCCCAUUUUAGCUCGUUUCGUCCCAUUCGUAGCAGUGGCGGCCGCUAACUGGGUGAACAUUCCUCUGAUGAGACAAAAUGAAAUACUAUUAGGUCUGGAUGUGACAGAUGAAAAUGGAAAAGUUAUAGGCAAAUCUCAGAUAGCGCCCGCUAAAGGAAUUUCUCAAGUUGUUACCUCAAGGAUAGCAAUGUGUGCCCCGGGCAUGCUGCUCCUGCCGGUCAUCAUGGAGCGUCUGGAGCCGAAGCCGUGGAUGCAGCGCAUACGCUGGGCACAUAUCGGCAUACAAACAGCUAUUGUCGGCAUGUUCCUAACAUUUAUGGUGCCGACUGCCUGUGCAAUCUUCCCACAGAGAUGCAAAUUAUCCAUAGACACAAUCAAACGUUUUGAAAAGGACAACUAUGAAGAGAUCUUGAAGAACACAAACGGUAAGCCGCCAGAAUACGUGUACUUCAACAAGGGAUUGUAAACUAUUAGUUUUUAUAAGUGAAAUAUUCUCAUAUAAGAGUUAAAUACAAGUUAUAUGUAGCCAGUGAGGUAAGUGUUGAAUGAUCAAGAAUAAUAUUAUAAUAUUAGAACUUAAAGUGCAUGUUUUGAGAAGUAAUGUAUUGUACUGCAUUUGAGUAGAACUGUUAAUAAUUACUUUAUCAAUUGAAUAAUUUACUAGGCAGAAGUUUAUUUGUUUAAUUAGUAUUUUUUUAAGUCUUAUCAGUCUUAAGAUGGUUUACUUUGAGCAUAAACGCUAGUUUUUUUAAAGGGUAUGAUUUAAGCUGUCACCAAUUUAAUUCAUUUUGUGUUUCUUAAAUAAUAGGGUUUGCCCUCAAAAUAGUAGAUUUGUCACCAAAAUGUAUCACCAAACAAUAUAAAAUCAAUUCCACAAUAAAUUACCGAAAAUCAUGGAGAUAUGGGGUCAAGUACCAAAUAAAUGGUUUUGUAUGUAUUAUAAUAGGUUUGUCCUAAUAGUAUUUAGGCAAACUAUUUUAAAGAGAUCACCAAUAAAUCAGAUAUUAUAUCACUAGAAAAUUUCAUGAAUUGUAUUAAAAUGUAGGGUGGUCGUCAUCAUCCUUUCAACCAAAAGAGUCUACUACUUCACCGGCCAUGUGCCUCCCCCAAGGGUCUUAAUUUCCACAGGUAAUAUAAAUAUAUUUAAAUUAAAUUUCUAGCUGAAUAGUAAAUAAAACACUUAAUUAAAGUCAAAAUAAGCAUCGUAUGAUCGUACCUACAACCAACCUACAACCCAUUCGUUGAGGCCGAAAGCGCGCCAAUUUGUCUCCCUUCCCUUCCUCUUCCCUUUGAAAAUAUUUUCAUUAAAAUUAUAAACUGAUGUAUUAAAUUGGUAACGAAUACAUUAUUUUAAUAACUGAACAUAAUAAAAUGUAACUACUGUAUUGGUGACAAAAUAACAAAUAAAAAGCAGUCGCAGUCAGGGAUCGAUUAAUCGAUUUAUUUGGUGACAGAUCUACCAUUUUGAGCACCAAGCUAUUAUUUAAGUAAUAAAACUAUUAUUAUAAGAACGAAGUUUAUAUUCAUGUAAUGCACUACAAUUUUAUUGGUGAUCCAUCUCAUAUUUUAUACAUUAUAUUGACAAUAAUUUGGUAAUUCAUACAUGGGAACACUCUUUCUUUAUCUGAGAACGAAAAUAUUUCGCGGCGAUAAAUCUAUUUAUUAGGUGAUACAACUUGAUGACAAAAAUAAAUUUUGGUGACAAAAAAUAUAGUUCCCUUUUUUAAACAACUUUUUACUAUGAUUUUUCACGUUCAAUUUCCAAAGUAAACAGUUUUUUAAGGGUAAACGGAACCUAGACUAGAAAAAACGUAAUAGUGGGUUGAGUAUGUAUUUUCAGCACUGCUUUAAAAGGCUUGGUACUUAAAAAUUGUGAUAAAAACAUGUAGAAUUAAUAUUGGCUUUCAAAAUAUCCUUCUUGAUCAUUUCAAUACUUUGUAUGAAGUCAAUUUGUUAUAACUACAACCACUGGUUCGAAUCAGUAAAGUUAUCAAUCGUUAUUUUUUAACCGAUAUAUUGUUUUUGUAUUAUUUUUUUCAAUCGAUUCUCUAAAAUCAAGUAUUGUUAAAAUUUUUAAACGUAUUAUUUUUGUUUUCUGUAAAAUUAAAAAUAAAUAAGCUUUAUUUAGAAAAACAAAUGCAGAUUAUCCUUGAAUGCGCGUGCGCGACUGUUCAAACUUUUUGUAUUUUUAUUUUAUGGAUAUUAUUGCAUUAAUUUUCAUUGUAAAAAAGUUUGCUAAAUCAAAAUGCUUUAUUUUCAUAUUCAUUUACAUCAUACUUUAUUGUUUUAAGCUUCUCUAUUGCGAAAUAUUUAAGAUCUGUUUUUGUGGAAUGUUCUAGAAAUUGUUUUUGGUUAUUUUUUUUACGCGUGCGAUAUACAUUCCGGUUUCCAAUUGCUUUUAUUGUAUUUUUUUUUGCUUUUUGCAUUACAUGUUAAGGUAUUAUAUUUUUGUAUACAUUAAUUUCUAGUCCCGUAUUUUGGGUUUGGGGCGGUGGCAAUAUGUAAAAGAAAAAUAUGACAAUUACUUAUUUAUAAUUCUAUAAUUUUCGUGUUUGUGAACUGUUAUAAAAAUAUAGUUGGCCUAAGUAAGGUUCAUUAUUUAAUAAUGUUGUCAGAUUUUAGCAGCUCUGAGUCUGCAUUUUUAAUCAUAGGCCUUCAAAUUUGACAACAGAAAACGGUUCGGUUAUGUAUGGCUGCAACUCACCGUAGGUCAUUUCAAUUUCACCAAAGCAUUUUUCAAUAGCAGCGGUCUGCCAAAGUUAAGAAUGCCACUGCCUCUUAAACUGUGACAUCAAUUUAUUUACAUAAGCUCAAUAAAAAUAUCAUUUAAUUGUAAGCGAAGACGGGUGACAUGUAUUGUGUUAAUUAUUAUACCUCUCUACAGAACUUGGUUAUCUUUAGUCCUGUCCUUAUAUCAUAGUGAUGUGAUUUAUUGUACAUAUUUUGAACUUAAAUGCAACGGAAAAUAAGUUUCAAAUAUAUUAGAAAGAGAAAUAAGCAGUCGCUUCUUGUAAAGCACUGGUACUCAGCUGAAUCCGGUUAGACUGGAAGCCGACCCCAACAUAGUUGGGAAAAAGCCUCGGAGGAUGAUGAGAAAUACAUAGUGAGUAAUCUGGCGGCAUGAAUGUGAUGCCUUAAAACGCAGAUUUUUGAAGUUAAAUAUGUUUGGACAGUGGACUAAAGAAAACCUCAUUUUGUAAUAGGGUUCCAAGCGAUAUUAUUUACGCCCAAAUUAAGUUGAUUUGAAUAAGACAAACGUUGAUAUUACUGAAUGUUUCCAUUUUGUUAUUAUGUAACUGUUUAAUCUUACAUCUUUAUUUAAUUAAUUAAAAAAAAAACGAUAUAGCUAGACCAGAGCAAUUUUUUUUUUAAAGAAACGUGUGUUACUGUAAAUCAUACGUACAUAAAUUAUGUUAAAAUGAGUUCAUUCUAUGAAGCACAAAACGCAAAAAUAUUGUUGUAAAACUAUGUAAGACACGUCAGCAUAUCAAGCUACCAAUCUGUCAAACUUCAAUAGGUUUUCAACUCUAUCUCUAAAGUAUAAGAUUCAAUUUUGAUUGAGGAAAAAAACAGAUUGGUGUAGCUUGAUAUGCUGGCAUCUGUACAUUUAUUUAAAUUGGCAUUUUCAAAGCUUUCUCUAUUUAGUGCCAUUUAUUUGUGCAGCAAAUGUAUUAUAUUAUUUUCGUAAACUAUCGAUAUUAGUUGUUAUGAUAUUCUGUAGUAUUUAGUUCUAGUACUUAGUAGUAUAUCUGUUGCAAUGCCGAGACAAUAAAAGUAUUAGAAAUUA